AUGUCUGAAGCAACAACUGAGCAACUCCCCACCCUCCCCUCUGAUCUAACCCCCCAGUGGUUCAGUGCCAAACUCGGGCGUGAGAUCAAAUCAGCGGAGAAAACACGCAACAUCUGGGGAACCGCGAGUAAACUAUUCUACACGUUGACCUACGAAAAUGAAAGCGAAGAAGAAAGGCCGGUCAAUAUCUGCGUCAAGGGAGUGUUUGAUCCCAAGAUGAUCGAAGCUCAGCCAUGGACCGUCAGUCUGGCUCAACGAGAAGCAGAGUUCUUCUCCAAGGUUGCGCCAAACGUCAGUCAUAUGAUCUUUCCAAGAGGCUGGUGGAGUGGAACGGACGAGAAGCAGGGGAUUGCUAUCAUGAAUGAUCUUGUCAGUGAAGGUUGCACUUUCCCAGCUGAAGUUGCUUCAUAUUCGGUUGAUAAAGUCAAGAAUGGUGUCGAGCAGCUGGCAGGUCUGCAUGCUCAGUACUGGGGUCAGAGCCAGGAGGACCAUCCAUGGAUAUGGAACAACUACGACCCUGCCAUGACUUUCAUGUGUAGAUCGUGGGACGAAGUUGUUAGGAGACCCGGCCGCCCCCAGCUUCCGGAGUAUCUGAUGGACGGGGCUCGAUGUAACGAAGCCUUAGAUCGCUACUACGCUGAGCGAAACCCGCGUUUCCGCACCUUGUUGCAUGGAGAUACUCAUAUCGGAAACAUCUACUUCACAUCUGAUGACCGCAUUGGUUUCCUGGACUGGUCUGCUUUCCACUUCGGUUCAUGCUUUCACGAUGUCGUGUAUCACAUGACGGCUAUGCUUAGCGUGGAGGAUCGCAGGGCUCAUGAGAUGGAGAUCUUGGACCACUAUCUGGAGACACUUCAUAGACUUGGAGGUCCCAAGUUUGACCGACAUAAUGACCCGGAGGUUAUGAUCGAGUAUAAGAGAUCAUUCAUGACCAAUGUUAUCUGGCUUAUUUGCCCGGAUGGUCUACAAAGUAAGGAGCGGGUCGCUGCUUUGUGUGAGCGAACUGUUGCGACUUAUGACGACCACAAGGUUAUUGACGCGAUCUUGGGCCAACCGAAGGCAGCGACAUGA